AUGCAGUUUUCAUUCUCUGCCAUCGCCAUCCUUUUGGCCUUUGGGGUCAACCUUGCAUCGGCCGACAGGCACCACGAUCUUGUUUGCGUCAAGAAAGAAUCUAACAACAACAGCCACGUGCACAUGCCUGCCACACGAUGUGCCUGCGAUCACCUGAAGAAGGUUGGCAAAUGUGACGACUGCUCCGUGUUCGAGGACCAUUCCUGCCAUUCGGACGGCGAGAAACUGGACGGAGACGAGUUUGAACAUGCAUGCACCACCAUAUGCUCCGAAUUUGACGCCACCGGGUCGUCCAUCCUCCCUUGA